AUGGGUGUCGGUCGUCGUAUGGGAACAAAGCAGGGCAUUCCCGCCCCGCUCGAUGAGUCAAAGAUUACCACCCUGAAGAAGCGCAAGGCCGGCAGCGGCAGCGCAGAGGCGCCCUCGAAGACUGCCACAACGAAGCGUCGGAGAUCCGAUGCCGAGGAGGCUGCCCCCAAGAAGAAGAAGGCCAAUGGAACCCCUGCUAAACCUGCCAAGGCCCCCGUGAAGGCCGAGAAGAAGGUUACAAAGAAGGCUGUACCAGUGCCUAUGUCAGACGACGACGAGGAUAUGGAAGAUGAUGAGUUCGGUGAUCUCGAUGGAGUCAGCGAUGGCUCAAUGGAGGGACUUUCAGACCUGGAGGAUGAUGAUUCGGUUGUCGACUCUGAUGAGGAAGGUGGUCACGCCCGUGGAGCCAUGUUCUCUGACGAUGAGGACUCCGAUGCCGAAGAGAGAUUGACCGCCGCCAACAUCGAGGGUCUGUCACGGAAAUUGGACGCUGAGCAACAGGAAGAGGACGAAGAUGCCGCGCAGGAAUUGCAGGAGGCUCAAAUGCAGACCAACAUCGCUGCACCCGAUGUGUUCGCCGACCAACAGCAGGGUCUCGCACCUGAUCUGCAGCUCCUCCGCCAGCGCAUCACAGACACUAUCCGAAUUCUGGGUGAUCUCAAGACCCUCGGCGUGGCUGGAAAGUCGCGUACCGACUACGUCGAUCUCCUGCUCGACGAUAUCUGCACUUACUACGGCUACACUCGAUUCCUCGCCGAGAAGCUGUUCAACCUGUUCACCCCCAUGGAGGCCUUUGCCUUCUUCGAAGCUAACGAGACCCCUCGCCCCGUCGUCAUCCGUACCAACACUCUGAGAACCAACCGUCGAUCCCUCGCUCAGGCCCUGAUCAAUCGUGGUGUUGUCCUCGAACCCGUUGGCAAGUGGUCCAAGGUCGGUCUGCAGGUCUUCGAGUCCCCUGUGCCUCUGGGUGCUACUCCUGAGUACCUGGCUGGUCACUACAUUCUCCAGGCCGCUUCCUCGUUCCUCCCCGUUAUGGCUCUCGCUCCCCAGCCUAAUGAGCGUGUCCUCGAUAUGGCCUCCGCCCCCGGUGGUAAGACAACAUACAUGUCUGCUUUGAUGCGCAACACUGGUUGUGUUAUCGCAAACGAUGCCAGCAAGCCCCGUGCUAAGGGUUUGAUUGGUAACAUUCACCGUCUCGGCUGUAAGAACACUAUUGUGACCAACAUGGAUGCUCGCACUGCUUUCCCCAAGGCUAUGGGUGGUUUCGAUCGUGUUCUGCUCGAUGCUCCUUGCACCGGUACCGGUGUUAUCUCGAAAGAUCCCGGUGUCAAGACCUCCAAGAACGAGCGCGAUUUCCUCGCCAUUCCCCACAUGCAGCGUCAGCUUCUGUUGGCCGCUAUUGAUUCAGUCGAUCACGCUUCCAAAACUGGUGGAUAUGUUGUCUACUCUACUUGCAGUGUGACAGUCGAGGAGAACGAGGCUGUUGUGCAGUAUGUGCUGCGCAAGCGUCCCAACGUCAAGAUCGUGGACACCGGUCUCGGUGGUUUCGGUAGCCCCGGUUUCCUUAGCUACAUGGGCAAGACUUUCGACCCCAAGAUGGCACUUACCCGCCGCUACUUCCCUCACCGCGAGAAUGUCGACGGCUUCUACGUCUGCAAGCUCAAGAAGGUUGCCGUAACACCGGCUGCCAAGACAGACGACACUGAAUCCCGUUCAUCUGGCCGCAAGAAGUCCCGUAGCGCUUCCGCAGCAUCCUCAGAUGAUGAGUCUAUUGACAAGACUCCCAUUGUUGAUGAGAAUGGACACGCUGCCGACUUCGAGGGUGGUGCCUUCAGCUCGUUUGAGGAUCCCCAGGACGCUGAGCGCAUUGCUCGUGCCGAGCGCAACCGUCUGCGUCGCAAGGGUCUUAACCCUAAGGGUGUUUUGAACAAGCCCAAGAGGACCAAGGCUGAGGCCGAGGCAUCGCAGAAGACUAGCAAGAUAGAGGCGCCCAGCAAGGAAGAAGAGACCAAGACUGUUGCUUCCAAGAAGUCCACUAAUGAGCCCAAGGGUGAGAAGAAGACCGUCACCAAGGGUAAGGAAGAUAAGAAGCCCGUGACCGCGGACAAGGAUGAGAAGAAGCCCAAGGCUAAGGGCGAGAAGAAGGAGAAGGCCAAGAAGGCCAGCAAAUGA